GUAGGACUUUCUGCUCAGUCCAAACAAGCUACUCUAUCCGUUGCCGAGGCAGCUGCAUCUAUUGGUUCCCUCUACACAUGCUCAGCGGAAAAUUGCACACAGGUGUUCACCUCCAUGAAUCAUCUCCGCACACAUCAGAGUGAUGCCCAUGGUGACCUUCGACCCUAUGUCUGCACCAUCUGCAACAAGGCCUUCAAACGUCAGAGCCACCUUAAGGAACAUGAAGCAACCCAUCUGCCUAAAGCUUCAGCACAAAGAGGGUCUCGGGUUCACGCUCUCAAAUGCGACACAUGCGGGAAGGCAUUCAAUAAACAGAGUCAGCUGGAUCGGCAUGUUAGAAUACAUACAGGUGAGAGACCAUUCCAAUGUCCUCAAUGUGGGAAAGGUUUCAAUCAGAAGAACAGUCUACAGAUGCACAUGAUGAGACACACUGGAGAGAAACCACAUCAUUGUCCAUUCUGUAAUAUGGCAUUCACACAGAAAGGUAAUUUACGAGUACACAUGAUCCGCACUCACAACGCCAGCGCCCAGGAUACUGUACUUGAAGAUCCAUCUGAGAUGACAGAAGUCAUAGGGAAUGUUUCAUCGGGAGAUACGAGCAACCAAGAACCUAUGGAUCUAGUUAAUAUGGUUCCAAACUUCUUCAGCUAGUAAUGGACUGAAUAAGGAAUAAGUAACCAAUAAAUCCAGUUUGGUUUUUAAACUUUUUUAGUGAAUAACCGACUGAAUAAGGAAUGAGCAACCAAGAACCAAUGGAUCUAGUUAAUAUGGUUCCAAACUUCUUCGUUGAAUAAUGGACUGAAUAAGGAAUAAGUAACAAAUGGAUCCAGUUUGGUUUUUAAACUUUUUUAGUGAAUAACCGACUGAAUAAGGAAUGAGCAACCAAGAACCAAUGGAUCUAGUUAAUAUGGUUCCAAACUUCUUCGUUGAAUAAUGGACUGAAUAAGGAAUAAGUAACAAAUGGAUCUAGCUAAUUAUGGUUUUAAACUUGUUCAAUGAGCAAUGGACUGAAUAAGGGAUAAGUAACCAAGAACCAAUGGAUCUAGUUGGUAUGGAUCUAGUUGGUUCCAAACUUUUUCAAUGAUUGACAGACUGAAUAAGGAAUAGGUAGCCAACAACCAAUGGAUCUAUGGUCCCAAACUUCUUCACUCAGCAAUGGACUAAAAAAAGAAUAAGUAGCCAUAACCAAUGGAUCUAUGGUUCCAAACUUCACUAAGUAAUAGACUGAAUAAGGAAUGAGUAACCACUCAGGCUUUUGUGAUAACUAAUAAAAGCAGUUGUAUUCUAAUUUGGUGGUAAUUAUGAAUGAACAAGACUAUCACAUGUUGAUGUGAAACUUGCAACACAGUUGAAAUGGUUUAAAUGUUUCUUAGUGAUUUUUAAUUUAUGUUUUGGUUUUAAAGAGUUCUCCCCACUAAUAUCACAAACAGUUUACCAUUUAUUGUAAAUUUGUAUAACAAUAUGGUUAGUUCUGACAUCUUUUAAAUUUAUUAUGGCCGAAUUUCCCCACUCUGUUCAUCUUUUGUUUCAUUUCUAUUAUGCAUGUUGCAUGAGUUUGUUGGGGAAUAUUACAGUUUUCUAUGCAUUUUUUGUGACAUUAAAGAAAAUUUUGUAUGCUUCAAUUAUAAGAUUAAUUGGGCUGAAUCUGUAAUAUUCAUGCAUCAACUUAAAACAAGUUUGCAUUGUCAUUUGUCGAUAGUAUAACACCUGGGAUGUUUGCCUAUUGUUAAUUUAAUCUAUAAAUAACAUUUAGAACAAAUGAUACAAGUUUUCAGGCUUUGAAUGGUGUUUGGAGAUUUAUGAUAAUAUAUUUGGAUGCACCAAUAUAAAAAAAAAAAAA